CAAGCGUCCUCCGGUUAACGAGUCUCAUCUGUGCGUGUGUGUACAUAAUCGGUAUAAUCUUUAUUAUUUUUUUUAAACCACAUAAUUCACAUUAUUUCAGAGAAUUGCAUGUUUCAAAUUUAUUAUAUCCAAGACUAAAAAGCAUGUAAAAGAUAUAUUUUCAUGAAAGUGAAAUGGAUGACGUCUUUUAACUGAAGAUUUAUUUACGUAAAAGAGAGAAGGAUGGGCUAUAAUGGCAAUCAGAGUUUCAUCUCAAGCCAGCCACCAUUAGUUGUUUUUAUCAUUUGCCUUACAGCAUUUGGUUGUACCAUGAUAGUGUUAGCUUAUAUUAUAGGAGAACAAGAAGUUCCGAAUCCUGAUGUUCAAAUGGAUUGGAAUAAAUUCUUUAAGAAAAUGGCAACUUUAAAUUUGUGUCCUCUGAAAAACUACACAAAACUCAAAAAUGAGAUAGAUUCAGGUUUACAAUCUGAAUUGGCUCUGAAUUCAUCUUCCUCGCGAGUUGUGGAUGCAAGUAACAGCAUGAGUGCUGUUCUGUCUAAUGUAGUGGAUUCAGCUAUGGAUGAUAGCUCUCUAGAAUCUACGCUAAUUGAAAAGACUGUAAAAGUUACAUUUGGAUUACAAGGAAAAUUGCCUCCAGAAUCUCAAUUCAAUAUGAAAGGCAAACUGAAAGGAAAAUUAUUAGGUUUACCAGGCAAAUAUGCUCAUCUACUAUUUAAUGUUUCUUUGAGCUUUCGAUCUUUGGAUAAUACCACUUGUGUAGGAAAUAAAUGUAGUUCUUUAUUUGAAGUUUGCAUUUCUAUGAAUUUGCCUUCUGAGCUUCUUCCAAAAACAAAGGCGCCGGAAGGAUGUCAGAUUAAAAAUAUAUUGUUCAAAAAAUCCAUUCCAGUUAGAUUCUCAGAUAUUCCAAUUUUAGAUGAAAGACAUUCAAAUACAUGCAUUACCUUAGAUUACACACCGGAUGUUAAAUUAACGGAGAUGCUGAGUCCGCAUGAUCGUUCAGUAGUAAACUUGCAUCUGAUGCAUACUAGUUAUUUCAUGUUUGUUAUGGUUAUGACACUGGUUUGCUACUCUAUGAUCAGAGGCAGAUACAGACAACCAAAGAAUUAUCAUUCUCUACAAAAGGUUCCAUCGGAUAUUUAACUUCUGUACUAAUGAAAAAACAAUGUAAAUAUUCCAGUAUGUUGUAACAUAGAUACAUUAUAAAAGUAUUUUUUAAAAUAAAAUAGUAUUUUUUCA